UAUUAGUGAUCUCAUUUUUUUCUAAUCAUAGUGAUUUCGUUGGCACCCUGGAACACUCCUAAACUGACAAGGUGCUUCCAAUCCAGCAGCUCGAACAGUUCCUUGAGGCUGCACCGGGGUUUGGAGGAAGAUCUUCGAGUGGGGUCCGAACCAGUUUCCUCUCGCAAGUUUGGAAUACUCCAAUCUCAUCCCCAACUCCUUGAUAUAAGCAAAAUUCGAGUCCUUCCGUGGCCGAGCCGCCGCCGUGACCCCAGCUUCGCCAAUCUUCCGAGCUAAGGAAGGGUUGCUCGCAGGCGUCCCCCUUCUUCUUCUCCAGCGGAUUCGAUUGGUUGAUUUCACUGCAGGCCAUCUUGGUCGAUGGAUGCGAAGAGGAAGAGUGCCAUGCCAUCCUGUGGCGAGGCUGCGAAUAUGACGGUGGAGGUCUUCCAAAGCAACAAGAGGAAGAAGCCCUCUGUAUCUGUUUGCACGCUGUUGCUUCCCCAUGACAUGAUGUUGGAGGUUCUACUUCGGCCCCCCGUCAAAUCAGUUCUCCGUUUUCGGGCCGUCUGCCGCCCUUGGGCUGAGCUCUUCUCCUCCAAGGAUUUCUGCAGCCUCCACAUGGCGGCCUCUAAGGUGCUGCCGCCAGCACCAAAGCUACUGGUGGUCUCGCCCACUUCAAGAUUGGACUCCAGCGCAGUGUACUCAUGUUCACCGUCGGGCCACAGAGAUGAUUUACUCUUCACCUUUGACUCUGCCCGCCACGACUCCGUGGAAGUGGUGACACCCUCGUCAUGCUGUGGACUCACCCUUCUGUUUGAUGCUUCUGCGCCAGCUUACUAUGUUUGCAAUGCCGCCACACGGGCAAUUACUCGUCUGCCACCACACCGUUAUCCUAGACGCGAUUACACCACCGGACUGGGAUUUGAUGACCAGACAAGGGAGUACAAGGUGGUGAGGUUGAUCAAUGGGUAUAACCAUGAAAAGGAGGCUGUCAUGUGUCAUGUGUACACACCGGGAGUUGAUUGUUGGAGGCGAGCGGCUGGUGGUGUACCCUUCAGUUUGUCCCAGUUUGUGAUUUCUGCAGUUGAUCAUGCAGUGCUGGACAAAAUACCACCUGUGUUUGCCAAUGGAUUCCUGCACUGGCUAAUCUGUCCUACUUUUAACCUCAAAACGCCAAGAGAUGCUAUCAUAUUGUUUUCUGUUGCGGAGGAGACCUUCAGAUCCAUCCGUUCGCCGCCGUUCUGGGGACCAAGAGAGAACAAGCGCCCCUGGUCCCAGUCAGAAGGGGAGCACCUGGUUGUGAUGGAUGACCAAGUGUGUAUUGUCCGGAACCUUCGCAACGGAACCCCUCAUGGAAGCGCCCUAGAGAUUUGGGGACUGUUGGAUUAUGACUCUAGUGAUUGGUCGCUGAAUCAUCGAAUCGAUUUGUUCGGGCACAUCAGAAGAGAAUUAAGUGACCCACAGGUUGUGAGGGUUAUUGGUUCUGUUGGCAAUUGCCGGUCUGGGAAGAAGAUUAUGAUUACUACUAGCAAGCACUGGGUUCAUGAAAAGUUUCAGAAAAAAGUUUACACAUAUGACCCUAGGUGUCAAGUUCUACAGUGCAUUCAUUCUGUCACCGAGACACACACCUCUCCUUCACACUUGAUCCCUGGUUCAAGAUUCUGCUUAUUUGAAGAGAGCCUUGCUCCAGUGCAUAAAACAGAUGAAGACCUUGCUCUGCCAUCUACCCUGGCUAAAGCAACUAUAAAGAAGCUGCUACUCCAAACUGAAUCAGAGAUACUGCCCAUGUUCCAGUGUUAUUUGCGGGAACUUGCUAGCGGUGGCGAGGGCGUUUAUGAAGGUUCCUCUACGAAGCUUCCUCGACGCCGUCUCAUCAUCCCUGCGCCGGUGGUUGCCAAUCUCCAGGAUUUUUGAUCUAGGGAUACCUUGAUAGAUAAGAAGCGAUCUCUGAUAAAGCACCUAGGUGAGUCAAUAGCAUAAAACCAUCACUUUGAUGGUGAAAUUUACCAUCUACCACCACUUUACGUUCGCGGAACAAAAAACCACCAGAUUUUGACAGGUUUUUUACGGAAUGCCCUAAACGUCGAUUUAAAACGAAUUGACAGUAGAUCUGGCGGGUGGGGCACAUUGCCAGGCUGAGGUGGCAUCACAAUUAGUGAACCUGCUGACGUGGAGCUAGGUCGCGCAUAUCAGACUAAAAUAUAAAAAAAAAGCAAAAUCUGAAAAAUAAAAAAUGGGAGAGCACCGGAUCUCCACUGCCGUCCUCAGCCCCCCCC